AUGGACUACCUGGGCCUCUCGGAUCGGACUCGAUCAAUAUAUAUAUCAUAUCUUGCGGGUCUGGCACUGAAGGCAUUCCGAGUGUCUAUCAGCAGCCUCCUGUUGGGGUGGACUUUGGAAGACGAUCAAGGGCGACGACGACCACUAUGUGUACAGGGACCAUGCCAGCAAGAUCCCACUGGCUGCGACUUCGUGAAGGACUACAAGGACGAGUUCGACGUCGCCACUGCCACACGAUUGGAACGGCCAGUACAACACUUUACCUUGCUCGCUAUCCAACCACCCCUUCGUCACUCGUGCUUUGGUCAAGGCGACACUGCAGAACUGUCCUGGCUUCGAUCAAGGCGACACUGCAGAACUGUCCUGGCUUCGGUCAAGGCGACACUGCAGAACUGUCCUGGCUUCGAUCAAGGCGACACUGCAGAACUGCCGGCUUUGUUCUUCCUCCAACACCACCUCCUAACCAGCUUUCCUUGCGUCUGCGCCCCUCAAUCCACUUCGACGCCUGCCUCCACCACCACCACCACACGAUUCUCCUUCGCCCGUGGUGAGUCUACCAGCGCCAUCAAUUACCACAUCGGCGAGGCUGUCCCUCAACGGCAGUCCUCCGCCAGAGAUCCGGAUGCGAUCAGAACCCUCAUCCGCGCCGCCGCCACGAAUGAGUGGGAGGAGUACGACGAUGAGUGGGUGGAGUUCGACGAUGAGUGGGAGGAGUUCGACGAUGAGUGGGAGGAGUACGACGAUGAGUGGGAGGAAUGCGAUGAUGAGCUGGUCGAAGCCCGUUACGAUGACCAUGAAUCUGCAAUCAAAGGCGCAACAGAUGCUGCCACUUUCCAUCAACUGUCCCAAAACCGACCCACGCCCGUUGCAACUCCGAUACUUCACAUCCUGGGUCCGUUCUCAGGAACAGCCAACUCCACGCUAUUCUGUGCCACCUUCAACAAGAAGAUGCGCAAGCUUGCAAAAAGUACCUACAGCCACGACCGACCAUCUUGA